GGCUGAGGUAACUUUCAGUCGUCUUUGUUGCGUAUAUCGUGCGUCUCCCCUAAAACUAAUAAUUGCAUUCUUCGUGAGCUAUCUGGUUGUUUGCCUUACAUGCAAUUUCUGAUGUAUGUGUACUCGUACACAUUAUGAUAUAAGAAACUUACAACUCAUCUGAAAUGUUGAUGAACAACAAAUAAUACAAAUUGCAUAAAUAAGUGAAGUUGUAAAUAUGGUUGAAACUAGCCAUUAAUUUCCAAUCAUGUAGCAUCCUCGUCUUAUUCCAUCACACCUGUAAAUAUAUAUGUCACGCUCGAGUCCCGACAGAUCACGAAUGUCUUCUAUUCCAAUAUGUAAGAAUUGAUCGAUACUGUCAUACACGGCUUGAGACGCAAGAUGCCCUAUGAGAUAAGCAGAUCUACGACAGGAAGAGUGCCUUCAAUAGAAAUUAAACAAUAAUAUAGUUGGAGUGACAUUGGGUUCUGGUAUGGGCCAUCAGGCUUGGGCUAUGAGCUGCUGCAGCAGGUGGAUGUGCCUAAAGUGGCCCAGAAACUUGGAUGCUUGGACAAGGUUUUUUGGAUUGAAUGUUUUGGGAAAUUAACUGGGAGCAGGCCUGCAAUCCAGAUUUUACAAUUUUUGUGAUACUUUUUGUGGACUGAUUUGGAUACUAAGCCGGGGUCUGUCCUGUGCUAGUUUUUCUAUUUAGUUUGGACUGUUAAAAAUCUCUAUCUGCUCCCUGCCGCAAAGUGGGGGGUGGGGGGUAGCGGUAGAUAUUAUUUUUGUCUAGAUUAGCUAGCUUAAAUAGUUUAGAUACAUUGUAUUAUGUUACUUUUGGGUGAGUUUAAUACUCCAUAUAUACUUACAUUUCAUCCAAAAAAUAAACAAUAAUAUGAGUGUACGCUUGGGAUCAAAUUAGAAAUCUCACUUGUUCUUACAUUUAGAGUAGUACACAUACAUAUACAUACAUCUGUGUAUAAAUGUACGCUCAAAUAUACAUUUAUAUUAGAACUAGUUUGUGAAUACGUAUGGUGAUAAUUGACAAUAUAAAAAAAAUUUACCAUCAUAAUACUAAUUAACUCUUCCUUUUUUUUCCUUCUAAUUAUUGAGAUUUAUAAAUAAAAGGUAGAUGAUCUUAUUAAUGAGCAAUUGACUAAGCAUGCAAACUGCCCUUACUACCAGAAACUCCUCACACCCCUGAUCCCUCUCAUCUAUCCUUCAUGCAAUCUCCAUUGCCAUUGAUCUGAGGCAGCCUCACUAAACUAACUAUAUAUCUCACUGGAUUGAAAAACAGCCAGCAACAUAAAUCUUUUUCCUCACUAUGCCAAGUCCGUUGACUAUCAAAUUGAUUCAUAUAUUACUGAACUAGUUCCAUCUAUUACCAACAUUUCUGAUCCUAAUUCCACUUAUUCAUUCACUUCCAGUUGAACUUUACGCCUUUACACCUUCUACGUAUAAUACGGAUAGAGGGGCAUAGGGAAGAAGAAAGACAUUGGAGAAUAUGGCUGGAGGACGACAUUCUAAGCAGCACCAUUGGAGUGUCAUGUGUUUUUUGUCGACUGUUCUGUGUGCUUUGUUUCAUGGGUUUGUGUCGACCGAAGCAAGUAGGCUUGGGAGGGUACUGGAGAAAAACAGAGGAAAGAAUGGAGAGCUUAGCAGGAGGACUACUGAUAUGGCGGCGGCGGCAGAUGUUGCGCUAGCAACUGGCGGCUAUGGAAAAGGUGGGAAAAAGGUGGUUCCUGGAGGGAGUUAUGGUCAAGGGGGUGAAUCAGGUUAUGGGAAUGGGAACAAUGGAAAGUGUACUCGUGGUGACUGUCGUGGCGGUGGCGCAGGAGACUAUUGUGGGGGAUGGAGCGGUAGUUGUGGUGGUGGAGAAGGGGAAGGAAGGACUUAUGGUCCCGGAGGGAAAGGUAGUGGGGAAUAUGGAGGCUCCGGUGGUGACACUGGUGGUGGUAGCGGUGGUGGCGGUGGCGGCGGUGGCGGCGGUUUUGCUAGGGGCGGGUAUGGCGGAGAUAAUGGUAGUGGUGCAGGUGGCGGUGGAGGUGGCGGUGGAGGUGGGGGUGGAGGUUUUGCUAAGGGUGGGUAUGGCCGAGAUAAGGGCAACUAUGGCGAUGGAGGUUUUGGUAAAGGUGGGUAUGGUGGUGAUAAUGGUAGUUUUGGAGGUGGUGGCGGUUCUGGUAGUGGUUUUGGAGGUGAUACUGGUAAUUUUGGUGAUGGUAGUGGUGGUUAUGGACAUUAUGGACCCGGUAGCUAAUAGAUGCUUUGCUCUCAAGACAAUUAGGAACGAAAUUCCAUCAAAUAUCAUAUAGGCACUUGCUAAUGAUCACCAUUUGCUACAAAAGUUAGUUUGCUGUUAUUAUAUUCAGUAGUAUUUACAUGUUUAGUCUCUUAGACUUGUAGUUGACAACAUUGGCCAAUGCCAAAGUUACAAUAAGCACAACAACGAUAACAUGAUAAGUAUUAU